UUUCCCCUCCUUUCUUUUCAAUUCUGUGUAAAAUUUAUCUAUUAUACUUGUAUUAUUGUUUUAAUAAUUCUAAAUGUAAUUUAUCCUUUAUUUUGAUUUGAUUAAAGUAAAAAAUGAUUCCAAAAGACGGUUUAGUUGAAUAUGGACCUGAUGGAGAGACUGAAGAAGGUGAAACAGAGGAAGGAGAAACCGAAGAUGUUGAAAAUAGUGAAGCAACUAAAAUUCUGCCUCAAAGAUGUAGUAGCUCUUCACCAUUUAGGAAACCUCCUAAACAAGAAAAUGGUGCAUCAAUGGAGGAAUGCAAUAACGUCUUCAAGACUAAAAGACGAUUUAGGAGAUAUGUUAGUGAAUCAGAGAACAUUUCAGAUGAAUCAAGAAUCUCAUUAUUCCCUAUUGCUGAUCUUGACCGGCUAGAGCAAAUGAUCAGUUUGCCUCGGUGGAUAAUUCCUGUUUUACCAGAGGGUCAUCUAGAGAUACUUCUACGAGCCUCAAUCGAUUUGGCUGCUCAAGGCUUGGAUACAAAGUGUGAACCAUGCCAAAGGUUUAUUCGAGAGGGUUUAACCAUAUCAUUUACUCGUAUUUUAACUGAUGAAGCAGUCACCGGGUGGAAGUUUGGAAUCCAUAAAUGUAUUUUCCAUAAUUGUGAACGCCUUCUGGAAUUAAUCGCACUAAAACUUGGGGAUGAUUGUUUGCCCCUUUUAGACCUCUUAGCCAUGGUCUUCAACCCAAACAACAAGUUUCAUAUGUUUAACAUGAAUAGACUGGAAAGUCUGUCUUCUAAUCAACCUCUCUUUCAUGGAGAAGAAAAAGUCUAUGCCCAAUCUCCUGAUUCACGUUGUCCUAGAGGAUGGUUAGUUGAUCUGAUUAAUCAAUUUGGUCGCCUUGAUGGAUUUCAAAAGUUGCUUGAAAGGUUCGAAAAAGGGCCACCAUUGACUGUGCCAUUGAUUGCUGCCUUGCUCAAACCAUUUGGCCAGUGUUAUGAGCUUCUCACUGUUGAGACUGUGAAAACUUAUUUUCUAUCAAUCAUUGAAAGCGUGCCUAUCUUUUUGGAAAGUCUUAGUGAUGAGGAAUUGAAGAAGGAAUCAAAAAAUGAAGGUAAAAACGAUGUACUUUCUGGCAUUAUAAAAAGUUUAAAAAAUCUCGCAUCUCGAGUUCCAAAUCAAGAGGAGAGGAUCCGUGAAUUAGAGAUAUUUCGUUUAAAGAUAAUUCUGCGAUUGCUUCAAAUUUCUUCGUUUAAUGGUAAAAUGAAUGCUCUCAAUGAAGUGAACAAAGUGAUAGCUAGUGUUGCCACUAAUUCGUUUAUCCGCCUAGGCAAUAAGCCUGAGGCUGGACCGAAUGAGAUAAGUGAGAAUACUACCUGCGAUAUUCUGCCAACCGAUAUGGCUCCAUACCCUGCAGCGACAACAACGUCAGCUGUUUGUGAUGCUUCUAGUUCAACUGAGGGUCAGCUCAAUCUCGUUGACGAGGAAGAUUGGUUGACUGCAUCUCGGAUGGCUCAAUGGAUUCGAGAGAACAGGGUGUUACAAAUUGUUCUUAAGGAUAGUCUUCAUCAACCUCAAUACGUUGAAAAACUAGAAAAAAUAAUAAGAUUUGUGAUAAAAGAGAAAGCCUUGACUUUACAAGAUUUAGAUGACCUUUGGGCCGCUCAGUCUGGUAAACACGAGGCUAUAGUGAAAAAUAUGCACGAUCUAUUGGCCAAAUUGGCUUGGGACUUUACUCCUGAGCAGUUAGACCAUUUGUUUGAAUGUUUCCGAAGUAGCUGGACAAAAGCCAAUAAAAAACAACGGGAGAAGCUACUUGAGUUGAUUCGGCGCUUAGCUGAAGACGAUAAAGAUGGUGUAAUGGCAAAUAAAGUGUUGAACCUAUUCUGGAAUUUAGCGCACAGUGAAGAUAUUCCAACUGAUAUAAUGGAUCAAGCCUUGGCUGCUCAUGUAAAAAUAUUAGAUUAUAGCUGUUGUCAGGAUCGAGAUUCACAAAAAACUGAAUGGUUAGAUAAAUGUGUUGAAGAAUUAAAGAAAGAAGAUAGUGAUUGGGUUUUGCCUGCUCUAAAGUUGAUAAGAGAAAUUUGCUGUCUCUUACCUGAAGCCCCAUCUAACUUUUCAGCAUCAGAUACUCAGUCAAACCUUAUAUGGGCUCCUGCCGAUAAACCUACUCAUCAAUCUACCGGAUGUGGUACCACAGUCUCAACACCAGUCACAGCUUUAUUAUCGUUAUCUUCAUCAUCAACAACAACAACCAUAACCUCAACUACAGCAGCUACAGUAUCAGCACCACGACAUCAUUAUCGUAAAAAGAAAAUCUCUUCCGAAGGAACUACUACAACUGAGUCUUCUGAAGCUCCUAAAAAUAUCGCAAGUCGUAAGAAUUAUUUAUUAGAUUCACUAGAUCAUUUAAUCGAGUCUUCUAAAAUUUCCAUGUUAUCUGAAGUUACUUUUGACGAGUCAACUACAACUACAUCUUCAACCGCAUCUACUACAGCAUUUACAUCAACAUCAGCACCUGUUACUGUAUCAACGUCAACAUCAGCAUCUACAUUGAGUUCGGCACCAAUACCAUCAACGGCAUUAACUUCAACGCCAACGGUGACCGCGACAGUGACAGUGACACCGACUCAGGCCCCGGCUCCAGUUCAGGCUCCUGCUCCAGUCCUUGCUCCUAUUCCUACUCCUGCUCCAGUUCCUGUCCCUGCUUCUGCUCCUGUUUCUGCUCCGGCACUGGCACCGGUACCAGCAUCGACGCCAUCAUUGACGUCUACAUCUACAACUAACAGCCAAUCAGUUGAUGUAACCGCUUUACACCUCAAUAAGCGUCCUUUCAAAUUGACCGAUGAAAUCAAACAAUACACAAUAGAUGAUUUUUUCCGUCGAUGUGACUCAUCCUCUAUUCCCUCAUAUGGACCCUUUCUUUUAGCUAAUACCAAAAAAUAUCGCCAAGAGGCAUCUUCAGCUGUUGAAACUCAUGGAGGAGUAGUUUAUCGUCAUGAUGUAAUCAACAGAUUACACAGUCAACAUUCCUUAGUAGUUUUAGUAUCGGAAAAUUUAUCUAAAUACAUGAAGAAAGCUAGACAACUAGUAGAAGAGGAAUGUAACGACAUAAAUGCUCAGACGGUGUUAGAAGGUAAACGUUAUUCUCAUAUUCAAGAAGUCAUCGAAAGACUCAAUUUUUUGAGAUUCUUGCUUAAGGAUGGUCGAGUUUGGUUAUGUGCACCUCAAGCAAAACAAGUCUGGCAAUGUUUAGCAGAAAACGCUAUUUUUCCAGAAGAUCGUGAAGCAUGUUUCCGUUGGUUUUCAAUGUUAAUGUCAGAGGAACAAGAUUUGGAUCCAGAGAUGAAUCGUGAUUUCUUUGAAAACAAUAUUCUCCAAUUAGAUCCCAUUUUAAUAACAGAAAGUGGAAUCGAAUGUUUCAAUCGGUUUUUCAAAGCCGUCAAUCUCAAGGAAGGUAAAUUCAUUGCUAAGAAAAAUUGCUGUUUAACUGAGGAUUUGGAAUUAAUUGGUCUCGACUAUUUAUGGAGAAUAGUGUUGAAUUGUAGUGAAGAAGUUGCCAAUCUCGGAAUUGCUUUGCUUAGAGAAACUUAUACUAAUCUUGGCCCUAGUUUAGAGCAGCAUCAAGUCAACAUUCAUCAUGAUUUAAUCAGUUCAUGUAUGGAUAGACUUCAAGCAGCAUACGAUACUGUUUCCAUUCUGCGAAAGGAUGCAUCAGCCGAAGCUACGCUAAGAGUGGACUAUGAACUUUCUCGAAUGUCACGUAUUUUAAGAUUACUUUAUGAAUAUGUUCAUCAGUGUGAUACAGAUUUUGGUGAUGAACGUACAAUACUUCCGUUAGUUAAAGCAGUACGUGGAGAACAAGUUUCAUUGACAGUUCGCUUUCCUAAUCAAGCUAGACAUAUUGAUGACAUUCAGAUUUGGACUCAUCGCAAUGAAUACAUUUCAACAAUAAAAAAACAAAUUUUAUCUACUAUCAAAGCUAACAAUAUGAACAUGAGAGUCGAUUUGUUCGUGUGUGAUGAUGUUACGGAAAAUGAUUCUAAUCGAGAAGAUAAACUAAUUACUGAAUUACCUGAUCGUGAUGAAGUGGUUCUGAAUGCCAAGCUGUACCAAGCUUCCAUGAAUGCUCCAACAUCCCCUGAUUCCUCUUCUGAUAGUUCUUCCGGUUCUCCGGGUAACAAUUUUGAGGGUCCAAGCAUCGAGGCAGAAAACUCAUUACCAGGAGUGAUAUUAUCUAAAGAACAUAAAUAUGUUAAUUUUUUCUUCCAAUUACUGGAUCUUGGGAUGUCGCUGCGACAUGCAGCGCUCUGUGAUACUGCUCCUUUGAUAUUGACUAUUAUACCUCCUGACGUGACAAUAGUCGAAAACCUCAAAACACUUUGUAAAAAAUGUGCAGAAAAUGUAAAUGAUACUGAUUAUGGCGCAAAAUUUGACGAAUUAUUUUACGGAUCUUCGCCAACACGAAUUCUUUAUAGUCUGGGCGUUAUUUACGCUUUACUUAUGCCUUCACGGAACCCACUCUCUGAAGAGGCACGAAAAUUUCAUUAUGAUUUUAUGAAGAGUGGUUGUGGCUUUAGAGUUGUUGAAUUGUUGACUCGGAACAAUUUUGUAUCCACUGCUGUUGAUUAUGCUAAAAUCUUAGUUUAUUCUACUGUGUUAAGAAUUAGUGGAAUGGUACUAACAUGUUUGGGCCAUUAUUUGGUAUUAAGUUCAUCUUCAUCUACAUCUUGGUUAUCAUCGUCACUGUCCACUAUUGCUCCUAUGAAAAAUGUUGAUGAUUGGCUGACGACUCUUCGUUCAGCCCUUGAAAUAAUUCCCCAUCCCCUGAGUGCCGGUAUGGUUCGUGAGAUAGCCAUGCAAACAGCUCAAAAAUUGGUUGAAAAUGAUGAUGAAAUAUUCAAGUCUCGUGUGAUCUCAAGUUUACCUAAUCUUGGUUCAGUUAGAUCUCUCAUGAUGCUAUGUUGGGCUACUAGUACGGGUGAAGAAAGUGCUCUACAUGAAGAUAUAGAAAUGCUUCAUCGACUUGUUGUUAAUGGAAAUUUAUAUCGUCCAGAUUCCCCUGUUUAUUCAGUCUGUAAACUUGGAUUGAAUAUUCUGACUCUAAUGUUUAUGGUUUCACCAUGGACUUUGGAUCAUUUGAUUAGAGACAAUACUUGGCAUCGUUUUGUGAUUGAUGUUCUUUUAAUAUGCCAUGAGAGAUCCAUAAGAUUGACUGCAAAUGAACAGUUUGCUUUGAUUGCUACCAAAUGUGCACUUAACAGCGAGGUUAUGAUCAAUUUCAUUAACUUACUUCACCACCAUCUUGGUACAACGGUACCAGUUGAUAGCCAUUAUAAUACUUCUGAAGAAUUUUUCCAUUUAUUUUGUAAAUUGUUAAAUAAUGCGCGAAGCAUGAGGUGUCCUCUUCCUCAAGCACAACAGUUCCUCGAAAGUGAAAUUGAGCUUUUAAGCAAUGUUAGGCAAAAUCUCGUUAGAAACGGUGUCAUCGAAGAAUCUUUACUGGAAGGUCAUCUUGGUAUAACUCGAGAGUUGAUUUAUUUACUCAAAUCAACUUCAAAACAUGAAGUCAAUAAUUUGAUCCAAGUUUCCGAAGAGACAACUAAUUCAAGUCAACGGUCAAAAAACAAAGACUUAAUUCGUGUACUUGUUGAUGAAUAUGUUUUCACUGCAUCUAGAGCCAUGGUCAUGUUACAAAGGGCCUCUCACUCUUCUCAACAACCCCACCAAUCAUCCGAUUCAUCCAAAACUAAUGACACCACAACUGUUCCCCCCUCAUCAAGUUCCUCAACUUCCGAUAACAAUCUCAACAUUGAAGAAGUUAACCCAAUAUGCACAACAUCAGCCACUCUCAAUGCUGCUUAUGACUGUCUCGUAGCUUUGGGCACUGAUUCCUUACCAAAUUUAAAAUAUCUAGCCGAUAGUCUCAUUGAGAUGUACUAUUCAGAUCAUGAACAACAUUUAACUGAAUGGGAAUAUCAACCUCCUAUCGGACCUAGACCUUAUCGGGGUUUUGUGGGCUUGAAAAAUGCUGGAGCCACUUGUUAUAUGAAUUCAGUCUUUCAACAGCUCUAUAUGAUUCCAGAAGUGCGGGAUGGAAUAUUAAGUGUAGAAGGAGCAGCCAACGAUUUAAAUGAAGACUUCUCUGAAGAUAGAAUUGACAACAUGAUUAGUACAUUGUGUUUCUCUUCUGCUGAAGAUGAUUCAAAGCGUUCGGUGGAUGAAUCACGUCGAGAUUACAAUUUAGGAGUUUUUAAGUAUACGCAAGCCAUUUUUGGGCACUUAGCACUAAGUAAAUUGCAGUAUUAUGUACCUCGUGGUUUUUGGAGGCAUUUCAAGCUUUGGGGUGAACCAGUCAACUUACGUGAACAGCAUGACGCGCUUGAAUUUUUCAAUAGUCUAGUCGAUUCUAUCGAUGAAGCUCUUAAGUCAUUAGGUUAUUCACCAGUUAUGACAAAAAUUCUUGGAGGAUCUUUUGCUGAUCAAAAAAUUUGUAAAGAAUGUCCGCAUAGAUAUUCACGUGAAGAACCUUUUACAACAUUGAAUAUUGACAUAAGGAAUCAUAGUAAUUUAUUGGAUUCUUUGGAACAAUAUGUUAAAGGAGAUUUGCUGGAAGGUGCUAAUGCUUAUCAUUGUGAGAAGUGUAACCGAAAGGUGGAAACAGUCAAAAGAUUGUGCAUCAAAAAAUUGCCUACUGUUUUAGCUAUUCAACUGAAGCGAUUCGAUUAUGAUUUUGAACGUUCUUGUGCCAUCAAAUUUAAUGAUUACUUUGAAUUUCCUCGGGUUUUGGACAUGGAACCUUACACUGUGAAUGGUUUAGCCAAGAUUGAGGGUGAAAUAAUUGAAGAAGAUCUUGAAGAUGCCAGUUCUCCUGGAACAUCUUCAUGUACUCGAUAUGAGCUCUGUGGUAUUGUGGUUCACAGUGGACAAGCCAGUGGUGGUCACUAUUAUUCCUAUAUACUUCAUAAAAAUAUUGAUGGGUCUCGAAAAUGGUACAAGUUUGAUGAUGGUGAUGUUAGUGAAUGUAAAUUGGAUGAUGACGAAGAAAUGAAAGUCCAAUGUUUUGGUGGUGAUUACAUGGGUGAAGUUUUUGAUCACAUGUUGAAAAGAAUGUCCUGUCGUCGUCAGAAACGUUGGUGGAAUGCUUAUAUCUUGUUCUAUCGUCGGAUGGAUACUCAGGGUAGUGAGAUGGCUUUGAGAUUAAGUGAAUUAAUAAUUGAUAAUGGAUCUUAUCAAAAUAAAAUCAAAAUGCCUACAGCAAUUGAAAGAAGUGUCCAAAGACAAAAUAUUAAGUUUAUGCACAUAAAAAUUCAAUUUAGUCCAGAAUAUUUUCAAUUUAUGAAAAAAUUGUUGGAUGGUAAUGGUCAAAUCGUUAUCUUCCAAUGUCAACGUAAUGAACCUUACUCGGGCGAUUCUGAUUCGGCCGAUGUACAAAGCAGCAUUGUAAAAAUAGAAGCCGAAGAUAUAGCAAUGAUCUGUACUCAGCUUGCUUCAAGAUUUUUAUUUAUGACUUGUUUUCAUGCGAAGAAAAAUUUAAGAGGCUCUGCUGUCGAUUGGGCUGAAUUGUUAAAUCAUCAUUUAAGGGCCAGUCCCAGUGUACGAGCUUGGUUUGCACAUAAUGUUCUCUUUUCUAAUCACUAUCGUUUCUGUGAAUAUCUUCUUGACUGUCCAAAUAAUGAUGUUCGAAGUGCUUUCGCCAAGAUAAUUAUAUUUUUAGCUCAUUUCGCAUUGUGCGACAAUGAAUGUCAAGUUUCCAUUUUUACUUACCCUGAAAAUUCUAUAGUCGAUGCUGGAACUGGUCUUUCUGAUUGUCUUCUCCAAUGUGUUUUAUCUUUAUUGAACAAAGAAGUUUCUGAACAUAGCCGUCAUUUAACCCAAUAUUUUAACUUAUUUUAUCAGUAUGCAUUGAUUGGUCCCGAAGAAAGAGCUCAAUUAUUACGGUUAAACGUCCCGGCCACCUUCAUCAGAGUCGCCCUUGAGGAAGGUCCCGGCCCUCCUAUUAAGUAUCAAUAUGCCGAUUUUGCCAAAUUAUAUCAAGUAGUCAGUCUUCUUGUUCGUUGCUGUGAUGUUUCUUCCAAAUGCGUUCCCUAUCAUAGUGAUAAAAGCCCACUGCCCAAUCCUUUUGGAAUGGAGGAAGAUGGUGCCUACCUGAUGCCCAUUCAAUCUCAAGUGUAUGAGUAUCUGUACAAGAGGACAUUCUAUGUAAAAAAGAUAAUUGAAGAUGUCAAUUCUUCAGAGGAUACCUUACAGCUACUUCGUUACUGUUCUUGGGAAAAUCCUGCCUUCUCUUUCAAUGUUCUCAAUGAACUUCUCUGGCAGAUAGAGUAUACCUAUGCUUAUGAAUUGCGUCCUCAUCUAGAUUUAAUUUUACACAUGUUGAUGAUUUCAGAUUCUUGGCAAGAAGCAAGGAUUAAUAAUGCUCUAAGUGGUCUUCAAGAUGAAAGGGAAGGUUUGUUUGACACAAUCCAGCGGAAUAAGAGUCAUUACCAAAAAAGAGCCUAUCAAUGCAUCAAAUGCUUAGUCUCCCUGUUUUCCAAUUGUCCAAUAGCUGCAAAAUUGUUACAUUAUACUCCUGAUCUUAAGAAAAAAUGGAUCGCCGCUAUAAACUGGCUUAAUGAAGAGCUUGAAAGGAGACCUUAUGCCUCAAUUAAUCAAUAUGCUUAUAAUUGGUCACCACCAGCGCAGUCGAAUGAAACGAGCAAUGGCUAUUAUUUAGAAAGAUCAAAUUCAGCUAAGCUAACCUUAUCCAAAGCAUAUGAAAUCUGUCCUCCUGAUGAGAAAGAUGAAAUCGAGGAACAAGAGAUUUCUGAAGAAAACGAAAGUCCACCAACAGCUGAAUUUGAAUUUAACGCUCCAGGAGUACCUGUUUCUACAGCAACCGUUUCAUCAUCAGAUUGUCUAGCCACUCCAUCUUCAUCAACAUCAGCAUCCUCCUCAUCUUCAUCUUCAUCAUCAUCCACAACUACAACCAUAACCAUAAGACCUUCAUCAUCUUCUACGGGAGCCUCUACAUCAAAGUAAAUAAAACUCAAACGAAUGAUACAAAUCGAAUGAUCAUUUUACAAGCAACAGUGAAAAGAUUGUAAAAAAACAACUGCAGCAACAAAAACCAAACUAAUGUGUAUUCUUAUGUGAACUUUUAUGAGAAAAAAACUUCAAUCAAACUGCUCACAAGAAUCGUUAUCAAAAUCACAAUCAGAUCUAAAUAAAUACUAAAAUUCAUUGUAAA